UUCUUCUAUAAUUUUGCACACAAUAUUAUAUUAUUUUUUUUAUUAUUAUUAUUUAUAUUAUAUAUUUUUUAUUAUAUUCAUUUUAUUAUUUCAAACAUAUGCAACCGUGGGGUGGCCAACUGCUGUAAACCUAAACAUACCCGACAUAUAAAAUUGCAGGAUGCAUCUGGGAUUUCACCUGGGGACUUAAUAGGAUCUUAGCAAAUUGCAGGGGACCUAACAGAGUCAGCGUGUAAUAUGCGGCUUUGUGUGUUUGUGUUUGCAGUUAAUCAAUAUUGGUAGAAAAUGGAGAGCUUUAGACAACUUCUGGAAAAAAAACCUUGGGAUGGGCAAGGGGGUGAGAGACCUUUGACUCCUGACGACACCAACGGACAGAGGGAUGAGAGUCCUCCUUCUAGUGAAUACACCAGGCCCUUUAGCGAUGAGAAAUGUCCUUCCAGCUCGGAGAAGCCAGGAUGGAGCUACGAGGGCCAUUCUUCUAGUGGAGACCACACCUCUGUCACAAGCUGGGAGCUCGAAGGAUGUGACGACGAGGACCAUUCUUCUAAUGGAGACCCCAGCUCUGUCACAAGCUGGGAGCUCGAAGGAUGUGACGACGAGGACCAUUCUUCUAAUGGAGACCCCAGCUCUGUCACAAGCUGGGAGCUCGAAGGAUGUGACGACGAGGACCAUUCUUCUAAUGGAGACCCCAGCUCUGUCACAAGCUGGGAGCUCGAAGGAUGUGACGACGAGGACCAUUCUUCUAAUGGAGACCCCAGCUCUGUCACAAGCUGGGAGCUCGAAGGAUGUGACGACGAGGACCAUUCUUCUAAUGGAGACCCCUCUCUCACAAGCUUCGACGAAAUGGGAUUUAGCGGCGAGGGAGGUUCUUCUAAUGGAGACCCCAGCUCUCUCACAAGCUUCGAGGAACUGGGAUUUAGUGGCGACGGAGGUUCUUUUAGUGGAUACCCCAGCUCUCUCACAAGCUGGGAGGAACCGGGAUUUAGUGGCGACGGAGGUUCUUCUAGUGGAUACCCCAGCUCCCUCACAAGCUCGGAGGACCAUGGACGGAGCAACGAGAGCCUUUCUUCUAGUGGAGACCCCAGCUCUCUCAAAAGCUUGGAGGACCAUGGAUGGAGCCUUUCUUCUAGUGGAUGCAAAAGCCAUCUCUCACGCUUAGAGGAAACCAGAUGCAGCGAUAAGAGCCGUUCUCCUAGGGGAUCCCUCAGUUCUUUGGCAAUCUCAGAGGAGUCUGCAUUGGACUUCGACAGCAGUCAUUUAUUUGACCCUCUCGGCCCUUGGAGGUUACCUGAUGACUCUGAUUUGAGCAUUUUGUCAUUUCAGUCUAUCAGCCCGUUGACGGUCUCCGAGGAGUCUGGAUUGGACAGCUCUGAAGAAGAGGAAAGACUCUGGACCGAAGAGGCAGGAAACACGCAAGUAUCUGUUCAAAGACUGGAGAGGGAACAACAAGAGUUUGAAAUCCAAGAGCAAGAGACAGGCGAGUCAGAAAACGAGGACACAACAGAAAAAAAAGAAAAAGAAAAAAAGGAGGAGAGAAAAAGACAAGAGCAAGGGGACAAUGUUGGCCUUCUCAGUAGGAUCCGCACUUGGCUGGUCAGGUUCCGGAGGAACAGAAGAACCAACAGGAGCGCCAGGAUCAGCCCGCAAACAAGUGACACGGUGAAAGAAAAAAACACAAACAAUAAGGUGGUUGCUGAGACAACAACACACUUGGAAGAAGGUGCAGGAGAUGGAGGACAUACAAAAACUGCAGCCUCAGGUUUCUCUCAUCCAGUCAUCAAGAUUCUCCAUAAACACCCCGGUCUCCCUGCUAAUCAUCGCCAGAUCGUUGCUUCUGCUUCUGCCAGGCCAGAUUACCUUCCAUCGCUCUAUGUAUUCUUGUCAGCCUGCUCUCCUGCUGAUAUCACCUCUGUGCUUGUGAGUGCCUUGUUCCAGUGCAUCGAGUUGCCAGCCCAAACCAACAAACGUUGUACACCUCACCUUCGCCGCCACCAUCACCUGCACUGCACCUCGUGGGAUCCCCGGAAGCCAGCCCCUCUCCCCUCGCACUUUAUUCACCAUUUUACAAAUAAACUUGUUCAACUUGGGAAAAUUAACUGA